UUUAAUGAAAAUUUUUGCUACUUUUAUCGAUGUUGUGUUUUAGUUUCUUGGUACUUGAUUUCAGAGAAACUGCUUUCAUUGAUAAAACUCUAAUUUUCCCUACUAAGAAAGCUUCAAAGCGGUUUGAAGCUUUCUGUGUAGUAUUCAUGGAACUAUGAACCUGGACUCGUUGUCUUUUGCUUUGUCUAAUAUUAGUUAUUCCGUGGCAAAUUUAACUAAGAAGAACUUUAAAUCUAGCGUGCAGGAAAUAUCUAGACUUGUAUCCCAUCACGGGUUAGAGGCUGAGAGGCAUCUCCUGCGCUGCUUAUUUUCUCAUGUCGAUUUCAGUGGUGAUGGUAAAAGUAGUGGCAAAGACUUCCAUCAGACGCAGUUUUUGAUCCAGGAGUGUGCUGCAAUUCUAAACAAGCCAAAUUUUGUAUCUACUUUCUGCUACGCAAUAGAUUGUCCUCUUCAGCAACAGAAGAGUUUGAGACCUUCUGCAUAUCUUUUGCCACAAUUGAGCAAAGUACUUAAGUUGUCUCCUGUUCAAGAAAUUGCAUUUGGUUUGGCCCUUUUAAAUUCUGCUGUGUCUGAGCAUACAAGUCACGCUUCAAUUUAUCUCAAGCAGAAGCUUCCAGAUUUUAUCAAGCACCUUGUCGAGACAGCGGACUCACAAAGUCAAGAUCCUUUUGACUUGCCUCCUGUGAUCUUGCAUCUGUUGCUCAACCAUCUCUUAUGUGAGACUAGAGGAUUAGAAGUAUCACCUGAUCUUAAAAUUUCUAUUUGUGACUCCAUACAAAAAAAUUUUAAAGACAAAAUACCUGUUUUUAUAUUGCCUUAUUCACAAUCUGAAAAACUUGAUCCUGUCAUGGAUUCAGUUAAUAACACUUCAAAGCCUGCUGAAGAUUCAUAUGUAGAUGUUAUUCAAGAAAUGGGAUACAGUUUUACAGCAAGGUGA